AUGUCGGAGAAAUUUACGGUUUCGUACAUGGCACUUCUGGCUAUUACUUGUCUAGCGGUCAAAGUAACUGCAAGCGAAGUAUCUCAAUUACCAAGGGAACUGGAAGUCCUGGGUGGUGAGAAUGUUACUAUGUUCUGCAAAUUUCCAAUAUCACAAGGUACUGUUGACGUUCGUUGGUGGAGGGAAGGCGAGAAAGCAUUCUUAGAAACGGACAACAGAAGACAUUUUACGGUAGAAAGGGGAAGGGGAGAACUUGCACUCUGGAAUGUCAAAUUGGCCGACUCCGGACUGUAUUACUGUGAAGCAAACUAUCAGAAACAAUCUUUCGGGACUGGAGGUGGUACCAAGCUGACUGUGUUCGCUCCUCCAACUCCUUUGGAAAUUGUUCCUGUUGGAGAGUUUUCGUCUCCUCGAAAGCUCCUUUGUAAAACGGCUGCCUUCUACCCGGAGAAAGUAGAAAUCGUUUGGCAAAGAAAUAACAAGCAAAUUCGCACUGGAAUAGAAAGUGUGACAAACCGGAGCGUGGACGGCUUGUACGAAGCUUUUAGUUUAUUGGAAACCAGGAAGUCUACUUGGGGAAAAGAUGUUUACACCUGUCUGGUAUCGCAUGUCUCCCUCAAGGUGCCUGCCAGUUUCAGCUACUUCCUGGACCAAGGCGCUGAUACUAAAUUGAUUCUGGCAUUUGCAGUGGGCGGAUCGGCAAUUUUAGCUCUGAUAAUAGUUUUGGUGAAAGUCAAGUUAAAGAGCUCGCAUGGGGUUAGCACAAGUUCUGUGGACAGAUGUCAGAAUGCAGAGCCGGCUGAACAGGCUGCGGUUGAUCUCACCACCGCCUAUGUUUCACUAAAUAUGCGGGACAGCAUAGGAUUUCGGAAAGAUCGACAACAAGAAGAGCGCACUAUCUAUUCUCAGACGAAAAGAAUUGGAGCUGACAAACUGACUUACGCCACUCUGCAGCUUCCCGAUUCCAAGAACACCUCAGCAUCCAAACAUCAAAACCAACAUUCAUUGUACGCAGAUGUAAUUACAGCAAAGAAACUGUGAAGCUGAGAAUCCAGCUGCAGUUUAGAGCUACGGACUAUCAAUGAAUGCUAUCCCGAGGCACUGUUUUGUUCCAUUUCUUGCAUCCAGACAUAGAUUGUUAAUCGAUAUCACAUGUAUGAGUUUGGAAGAUAAGGGAUCAAUUUCGUCUUCGAUUUAUUGGGGGCGAUUAUCACUGGAAAAAAAAUAAAAGAACGAAGCUUAUGGAUAAGAUUGAGAAUACAUUGUGCCAUUCCAACUCUCUCUACUGCCCGGUCAUUCAAGAGGAUAAUGCCUGAUAUGUUCAACAAUAACCUCCUUUGCUGGUUAAUUGAACAGUUCCCAGUCGUUCCAUGAUAUAAACCUACAUUGCUUUAAAAACCCCUCCGCCACCAAGAUAUUCCCUCCCCAGUCCUCAGAGGAUGAAAGAAAUAUCAGAGAUUCGUCACAGCCUGCGAGGGAAACGUUGUUUGUAGGGUAACAUCCACCAACUGAACAGUUAUUCUUGCUCACUGAUGUCAACGUUCAACUGAGGGAAAUACAGAUUUGAAGAUGUGAAAAAAAAGAUCGCAAAGUAUUCUCGUGAUAACACCUCUGU